AUGUAUCAGACUGUCGACUCAACCGUUGCUGGUGACGAAGUAAGGUUCGAGGAUUUCAGGGAGGUAAAGGAGAACAUGCAGCUCCUUGGGAAAAAGUUCCGAGAUCUAGAAGGAGACCGCGUCUUUGGAUCUGCUGCCAAAGAAAUGUGCCUUGUGUCCGGUUUGGUGAUUCCGGGCAAAUUCAAAACUCCAGACUUCGACAAAUACAAGGGGCAUACUUGUCCAAAAAGCCAUCUCAUCAUGUAUUACCGCAAAAUGGCUGCACACGUGGAGGACGACAAGCUGAUGAUCCAUUGCUUUCAAGACAGUUUGAGUGGGGCUCCUUCCAAGUGGUAUUUGAGUCUGGAUCAGAACAGGAUCAGGUGUUUCCAGGACCUGUCAGACACGUUCAUAAAACACUACAAAUACAACAUGGACAUGGCGCCUGACAGAAGACAGUUGCAGAGCAUGUUCCAACAUGACAAGGAGUCCUUUAAAGAAUACGCUCAAAGAUGGAGGGAACUGGCUUCUCAGGUUGAACCACCUCUUGCUGAGAAAGAAUUGGCUGAACUGUUUAUCGACACUGUCCAACCUCAGUUCUACGAGAAGAUGGUUGGAAGUGCUUCUUUGGGAUUCUCCGAGCUUGUUGCUAUAGGAGCUCGCGUUGAAUAUGGUGUAAGGAAUGGAAAACUGGCGGCUGUAGCUGGAACUUCAAAUGCUAAUCCAAAGAAGUUCUCUGGAGGGUUUCCUAGAAAGAAGGAAGGGGAAACAAAUGUCGUGACUGCUGGUCAAGGAAGAGCUCCUCCAAGAAGGAGACCACAACAAUAUCCACCUCAGCAAUAUGUUCAACAACCAGUUCCCUAUCAGCAACCCAUGUAUCCUGUCCAGUAUGCUCCACAAUCAUACGUAGCUGCUGUGACGCCCACAUUCAAUCAACAGCCUGCUCAGGCUUAUCAAGCGCCUCUAGCUUAUCGACCAGCUCCAGUUCAACAACGUGCUGCGGCUCCUCCAGCUUAUCAACAAACACCAGCAGCUCCUGUUUAUCAACAACCGAGAGCGCAAGCGCCGAGGCAGAAUGCUCAGAACCAAAAUAGGAGACAAGGGGAGAGGGUGACCUUCAAUCCAAUCCCAAUGUCCUACACUGAGUUGUAUCCUUCCCUAUUGCAAAAGGGGUUGGUGGUUCCCAAACCUUUGGGACCUCCACCUGACCGUCUUCCUCCAUGGUACAACCCUAAUGCACAUUGCCCUUUUCAUGAAGGUGCCCCCGGGCAUGACCUAGAGGGCUGCUACGCUCUGAAGCAUAGGGUUCGUGAGCUAAUUGAGAGCAAGAUCUUGUCUUUUAAGGACAUGGGACCGAAUGUGAAGAACAAUCCCCUUCCUCCCCAUGGAAAUCCUGAAGUCAACGCCAUUGAAGACACUUCUGUUGGUGUUACGGUUGAGAAGGUGGAGGAUGUAAAGACUCCUUUGGUGGCAUUCCAUGCCCGAUUGGUGGAAGUUGGCCUGGUUAAUAUUGAUCAUGACAAUUGUGAAGAGUGUGCCACAUACCCGAAGGGAUGUCAGGUGGUACGAGACAACAUUCAAGAUCUGAUGGAUAAAGGAGUGCUUCAAAUAUCCAGUGCCGUGAAGAACGAAGACGUGUUGGUAAUUGAACCUAGAUUCAAUUUACCCGAACCAGUGGAAAUCCCUUACUAUAGCAGAAGGGUGGUGCCUGAGAAUAGUCAUCCGUCGCCUGUUGAAAUAUGUAUGCCCGCACCUUUUCCGUAUGAGAGCACCAAGGCAGUACCUUGGAAAUAUGAGAUUACCGCUGUAGACAAGGUAGCUGAUGGAAGUUCAGACGCUGAAGUGACAAAAGCUGUAAGUGAAGACGUCACCAAUAUUGCAGGAAUGAGUAGAAUGACCCGCAGUGGUCGAAUCUAUACGCCCGAAUUCAACGUGACUCCUCAAGGGCCGACCAAGGAAUCAACAGUCGCAACUCCCACUAAAGAACCCGAAGUGGUCCAAUCCGAAGAUGCUGUUGAAUUCUUGAAGUUAAUCAAGAGAAGUGACUACAAAGUGGUGGAUCAACUGCAUCAAACACCAUCUAAGAUCUCUAUUCUGUCUCUGUUAUUGAGCUCCCAAGCCCAUAGGGAAGCUUUGUUGAAGGUGCUUGCUCAAGCUCAUGUAACACAAAGCAUAACAGUAGACCAAUUUGAUGGAGUAGUUGCAAAUAUCACAGCCUGCAAUACUUUGAGCUUCAGUGGAGAAGAAUUACCUGAGGAUGGACAAAAUCACAACCGUGCUCUCCAUAUCUCGGUAAAAUGCAAAGAUGAUGCUUUGGAAAAAGUGUUGGUUGUUACCGGAUCUUCUCUGAAUGUUAUGCCGAAGAGAACACUCGCCAAAUUAUCUUAUCAAGGACCAGCUAUGAAGCCUAGUGCCUUGGUAGUGAAAGCUUUUGAUGGGGCAGUUACCUCCACCUUGCAUCAGAAAAUGAAGUUUGUAGUGGACAAUCAACUAAUCAUCAUUUCUGGAGAGGAGGACUUUGUGGUCAGUCACCUUUCAUCCUUCAGAUACAUCGAGGCUGAUGAGGACGCUUUGGAAACUUCUUUCCAAGCUCUUGAAAUAUCCAAUGCCACUUUUGUGGAAAUGAAAGACCCUGUUGGGAAAGCUUGCUCAUCUUUCGCUUCUCUGAAAAGCGCAAGGUCUAGCAUCGAAGGAGGAAACCCUGAAGGUUGGGGUCAACUUAUUGAUAUUCGUGAGAAGCAUGAUCGCUUUGGUCUGGGAUAUGUGCCUUCCGCUGUGAAAGGAGCCCAAGUCCCUACAAAGGACAACAUCCGAAGCAUCCAGGAAGUUUUCUCAUAA